AUGUCUACUAUUAAAAACAAGAAAAUAGCUAAAAGCCAUAUAACAAAAUCUAAUCAGUUUGAGAAUAUAAAACCAAUAGAAGUCAAGUGUUUUCUUGGUGAAAACAAAAUAACUCUUACAACUGAUAAGCAAGAAACAGAUGUCACAGCAACAAUGACUACAAUAGUGCCACAUGUAAAACGUGUAACAAGUGCUUCAACAAAAACGAAAACCGUUGCCCCAGUGACGGAUAUGGUUACAUCGAAGCCAAUUCGUCAUUUAGCGAUAUUACCUCCGGCGAAAGAACAAGCGAAAAAAGAAUUUAUGAAGCGUAGGAGUAAUCUAUCAGAAACGUUUACUAUGUACGAUGGUCCGACAACAACACCAACAGUUAGACGCUCACUUGAUGACACAUUGACAAUCAAUUUUGAAAAUAAUGAAAGUCAAGUGCCAGAUUCGAAAUGUCAGAUACCAAUACAUAUCGAGCUUAAAACGGGUGAAACCAAUGUUUGCGAUAAUACAACACUAUCAAGUGUUUGUGAACUUGUGGAUCAAGCUAAAUUGCCUCAAAAACCUCAUUCAUUAAUUGGUCGCUAUCAGUUGCCCAAUGCAAAUAGAUCAUCAACGCCUACUCCUCCUGUUCAUGUAGCUCAUGUAAAUUACGAUGAAAUUCAAACAUGUGAAGUUACUGAUAAACAAAUUCUUAUUAAACAAUUCUAUGCUCAAUUAGAAAAAAUGAAAACAACCUUUGGUACAGAACAAACUCAUCCAGUAACUACAAAAAAUGUGCUUACCCUCAAUAGUGAUGAAGUAACACAAACGUCAACUACAAUUCAAUUAAAAGACAGCGCUACAGAAACAUGUGUGUUAAGUGCAACCGCACAACCAGAGAACAAAAAGCCUCCAGUACCCAAAAAGCAAACAACAACAAAAACUACUUCGUGCCGAAUCAAAUCUGCGCCAGUUACAAUGGCAACACAAUUACAUACAGAUAAAAAUCCUCAUCGUGUAUUAUCAUGUAAACAACAAAAACGACCUACUGAAAAGAAUCCUACUCAGGAAAAAAAGUCUAUUCAUAUUAAAGCGAAACCAAAACGAAAUACAGAAAGUGCACCAUUGACUCGUAUCGAAAUUCAUGGGCCUGAAAUAACAUUAUUACCACAUGAUGAACAAGAAUGUCAACAAAUGUAUGAAAAACUUCAACGUUUACAACCGAACGGUGUUUGUGUUGAUCUUAAUACAUUACGUCGCGCACUUUAUCCACCUGUUGGAACUGCAAACUAUGCACCAAGUCUAAAUAAUCAUGAUCAGACAUCAGCAUUUAAAUCGUAUCGUCAACGUACCGAAGAAAUACCGCAAUCAUGGAUAAAAGGUGACAAUAGAUAUGUUAAUGCCUAUGUACCAAAACAACAAUCGGAAAGUCAAGUGAAAUCCAAUGAAUUUCACCUGAAAAUUGCACCAGCUAGUACAAAUAUAGAUCGAAUUACUGAUCAGGUUAAAAAACAUGCAGCAAUUAACUACAGUUAUUAUACACGAACGAAAUGA